AGCUUCAUUCUGCAGCUAGGGUUUGUCGCCGCGUAGAAGACGAACUCAGUCAACCAAGGCAGAGGAGUGCCGCCGCCGCCGUCGCCGUCAUGGGUCGUAUGCAUAGCCGCGGGAAGGGUAUUUCAGCUUCCGCCCUUCCCUACAAGAGGACUCCACCCAGCUGGCUUAAAAUCUCUUCUCAAGAUGUCGAUGAGAACAUCUGCAAGUUCGCGAAGAAAGGACUGACGCCAUCACAAAUCGGUGUGAUUCUUCGUGAUUCGCAUGGCAUUGCUCAGGUGAAGAGCGUCACCGGAAGCAAAAUCCUUCGCAUCCUCAAGGCUCAUGGGCUUGCACCUGAGAUUCCUGAGGAUUUGUAUCACUUAAUAAAGAAGGCAGUGGCAAUCAGGAAGCAUUUGGAGAGGAACAGAAAGGAUAAGGAUUCCAAAUUCAGGUUGAUUUUGGUUGAGAGCAGGAUUCAUCGCCUUGCCCGAUACUACAAGCAGACCAAGAAGCUCCCUCCCGUGUGGAAAUAUGAGUCAACCACUGCCAGCACUCUCGUUGCCUAAUCUCAGAAUUGCCUGGAGAAGUUUUUGCAUGGUGACCAGACUUAGUUGGUUGACAUUUAAACAAUUCACAGGUUUUUUCAACAAAUGUUUAUUUAGCGCAUUUACUUAAUUUAUUCGGAAGGGCAGUGACUUGAUAAACAAAGAAUGGGUUCCUUCUGUUCUGUCAGAUUUUGUGAGCCAUUAUUCAACGUUUUUAUCUUUAAUUAGUGACGAAGCUUUGGGAUUUGAAUUUA